UUCUUUCUUAGUCGUCGUUACUAAAACACAAAUAGUUUAUUUGGCAUUUGUGUUUAAGUAAAGAUGAAACAUCUUAUAUAUGUGUCAUUAAUGGCUAAAGUUAGACGAUUCCACAACGGCAGCCAAAAAUCCUUGAAAUUUUCCGAUUCUUCCGUUUCAAGUCAACGUUUUCCUUCGCUCCCUCUCACCUUCUUCUUCACAAAAACCUGAACUUUAAUUUGAAUUUGCCCAUAUUUUUAGAUCCACAUUUAUUCAUUGAUUUGCUCUGAGUUUGUAUUAUCUCAAAGUUUUAUCCUUUUGUUGAAUCUUGAUCUCUCGAUUAUUCCCCACCAAGCACCAAGUGAUCGAUCUUUUGUCUCACUGAACUGGGUUAUGCUUGAGAUUUGAUCUGACAACUAAGAGUUUCCUACUUUUGCGUUUUGAGUUUUGUUUUUCAUGGCGUAUCAUCCAGUUUAUAACGAGACUAUGUCUAUGGGAGGAGGGUCAAGCAACGAGUUUGGCCAGUGGCUUGACAAGCAACUCGUGCCGUUUGAUACAAGUAGUGGCUCUUUGAGGGUUGAAUUAUUACAUGGUAACUUAGACAUUUGGGUUAAGGAAGCUAAACAUCUUCCUAACAUGGAUGGUUUCCAUAACACCCUUGUUGGUGGGAUGUUUUUUGGGUUAGGUCGGAGGAAUCAUAAAGUGGAUGGUGAGAAUUCUUCUAAGAUCACAAGUGAUCCUUAUGUUACUGUCUCUAUCUCUGGUGCUGUGAUUGGUAGAACUUUUGUUAUUAGCAAUAGUGAGAAUCCUGUGUGGAUGCAGCAUUUUGAUGUACCAGUUGCUCAUAGUGCUGCGAAAGUUCACUUUGUUGUGAAAGACAGUGAUAUUAUUGGAUCACAGAUCAUUGGAGCUGUUGAAAUCCCAACCGAGCAGUUGUGUUCCGGGAAUAGAAUCGAAGGGCUGUUUCCGAUACUUAACAGUAGAGGAAAGCCUUGUAAACAAGGUGCUGUGUUGAGUCUGUCUAUUCAGUAUAUUCCAAUGGAAAGAAUGAGACUUUACCAAAAGGGUGUUGGUUUUGGUGUUGAAUGUGUAGGAGUUCCCGGUACAUACUUCCCUUUAAGGAAAGGCGGUAGGGUUACUCUUUAUCAGGAUGCUCAUGUUGAUGACGGUACUCUUCCGAGUGUACAUCUUGAUGGUGGGAUUCAGUAUAGACAUGGAAAAUGCUGGGAAGAUAUGGCUGAUGCGAUACGACGGGCAAGGAGGUUGAUUUAUAUCACAGGUUGGUCAGUUUUCCAUCCGGUUAGGCUGGUUCGUCGUAACAAUGAUCCGACCCAAGGUACAUUAGGAGAGUUGCUUAAAGUCAAAUCUCAAGAAGGUGUUAGAGUGUUGGUUUUGGUGUGGGAUGAUCCAACUUCAAGGAGUCUUUUGGGAUUCAGUACAAAAGGACUUAUGAACACAAGCGAUGAGGAGACUCGCCGUUUUUUCAAGCACUCAUCGGUGCAAGUUCUCCUUUGUCCUAGAUAUGGAGGGAAAGGUCACAGCUUCAUAAAAAAAUCUGAAGUUGAAACAAUCUACACGCAUCAUCAGAAAACUAUGAUUGUAGAUGCUGAAGCAGCUCAGAACCGAAGAAAGAUUGUAGCAUUUGUUGGAGGGCUAGACUUGUGCAACGGACGAUUUGAUACUCCCAAGCAUCCUCUCUUCAGGACAUUAAAGACAAUCCAUAAAGAUGACUUCCAUAACCCAAAUUUUGUGACUACUGCGGAUGAUGGACCAAGAGAACCAUGGCAUGAUCUGCACAGCAAGAUUGAUGGUCCAGCUGCAUAUGAUGUGCUUGCUAAUUUUGAGGAACGCUGGAUGAAGGCUUCAAAACCUCGCGGAAUUGGGAGACUAAGAACUUCUUCUGAUGAUUCUUUGCUUAGGUUAGACAGAAUUCCUGACAUAAUGGGACUUUCCGAAGCUUCUUCUGCUAAUGAUAAUGAUCCAGAGUCUUGGCAUGUUCAGGUUUUCCGUUCAAUUGAUUCGAGUUCAGUUAAAGGGUUUCCAAAGGACCCAAAGGAAGCUACUGGAAGAAACCUUCUAUGUGGGAAGAACAUUCUCAUAGAUAUGAGCAUACAUGCAGCUUAUGUUAAAGCCAUACGAUCUGCUCAGCACUUCAUUUACAUUGAAAACCAAUAUUUUCUUGGAUCAUCAUUCAAUUGGGAUUCAAACAAGAACUUGGGUGCGAAUAAUCUAAUCCCGAUGGAAAUCGCGCUGAAGAUUGCUAACAAAAUUAGAGCAAGGGAAAAGUUUGCUGCUUAUAUUGUCAUUCCAAUGUGGCCAGAAGGUGCUCCAACAAGUAAUCCUAUUCAAAGAAUUCUCUACUGGCAGCACAAAACCAUGCAAAUGAUGUAUCAAACCAUCUACAAGGCACUUGUGGAAGUUGGUCUUGAUGGCCAGCUUGAGCCACAAGACUUUUUGAACUUUUUCUGUCUUGGAACCAGAGAGGUUGGAACCAGAGAGGUUCCUGAUGGAACUGUUAGCGUAUAUAAUAGUCCUCGGAAGCCACCUCAGCUAAAUGCUGCACAGGUACAAGCUUUGAAGAGUCGGAGAUUCAUGAUAUAUGUUCAUUCCAAAGGUAUGGUAGUGGAUGAUGAGUUUGUCUUAAUUGGUUCCGCGAAUAUCAACCAGAGAUCCUUGGAAGGAACUAGAGACACUGAAAUCGCUAUGGGAGGGUAUCAGCCACACCAUUCAUGGGCUAAGAAAGGUUCUCGUCCUCGUGGUCAGAUCUUUGGAUAUAGAAUGUCGUUAUGGGCAGAACAUCUAGGGUUUCUAGAGCAAGAAUUCGAGGAACCAGAGAACAUGGAAUGCGUGAGACGAGUUAGGCAAUUGAGUGAGCUGAAUUGGAGACAAUAUGCAGCGGAAGAAGUCACAGAGAUGCCAGGUCAUCUUCUUAAGUAUCCAGUUCAAGUUGAUAGAACAGGCAAAGUGAGUUCUCUUCCUGGAUACGAGACAUUCCCAGAUCUCGGUGGCAAGAUCAUAGGAUCGUUCCUUGUAGUAGAAGAAAACCUCACCAUAUGAAACUUACCUUGUAGGCUUGUAGUGAUCAACAUUUGUUCUUUAUUUCCUUCACUUCAAGAAAUCUAUCUGAGUGUGAUCUGAUUGAAAGUGUGCCUUUAGGGUCUAGUUUUUCAAAUUUAUGAGCUGUAAAUCUAUUUAUUACAAUAUUUCAAUUGAUCUAUCAAAGUGUGUGUUGUGGAUUUUUACU